CUAUAAUUAAUGAUUAUAAACUAUUAAUGAUUAAUUAUUAUUAUAUUAUUAUAUGUUAAUAACUAAUUAAUGCUUCUGUUAAUGCUUAAUGCACAGAGUUAUUUAUAUUAUUAUCAUUUUUCUGUGCAUAAUGGUAAUUGAUACUCAUCGUAAAUGACUUGUUCAUUCUAUUGUUUUUGUAGUAUUUUAUUUAUGAUUGCGUGACAUUUUUGAAAAAAAUUACUAUAGAAGUAGUAGUAAUUACUACAUAUAGCAUAUAUAAUCAUUUUUUCGAAAACUAUACUGUCUUAUGAAUGUUUUGAAUAAUAUAAGCAAAUAAUAUUGAUUUCUCGACUUUACAAGGUCAGUUCAAAGAAGUAUAUUCAUAUCAGUGCUUGUCAAACACUCAAACACUUUGUUACCACUUGAACAAUGUCAUCAAAACCAAUAUUGUUAAAGGAGAAACCAUUUUGUGACAUGGAAGGCAUCAAUAUACAAAUUGAACCGUGUAAGACUUAUUUUAGUGAUGGAUGUGUAGAAACUGCAGGAACUGAUGAAACGGAUUUACUGAGAGAAGAAUCAAAAACUAAUUCAAUAGAAUCUACUAAUAAUUGGCCGUCAUGGCUGUUUAAACAAUCAGUAGUAAUUGGUUAUGGUGCGUUGAAUACAGUUGAUUACCUUGGUGAAUCUUUGGCUAACUUUUUUGGUAUCACUACGCCUAAAUAUCAGUUUGAAAUAAAUUAUCAUAACAACAUAAUGCAAGAAAUGAAUGCGGAAAAAGUUGUUAAUGAAGAAAAUAUGAAAGGAUGGACACAACAACCUCCAAAAUGUAUUAUAACAGCAGAACCUUGUUGAAUUUACAUUCCCCAUUACUUAUUUGAUUUAAAAAAAAUACUUUUAAUUUGUUUGAUUACAAAUAAUACUAUAGAAUAUUGUUUUGAAUAUUUUACAUAAUAUGUAGAUUGUGAAAUCUACAUUGCUCUACAAUUGAUUAUUUAUGUAUUUUCUGGAACACUAAAAAUUAUAAUUUCUAUGUUUAUGUCUGUUAAAUUAAGUAAAAUCCACCUAAGCUAUCUUUUCUCAUACAAAUAAAAUAUAAUUAUCAAUUUAUCAAUAAGUAUCAAAACAUUUAUUUUUACUGCGGGUAUUAAAGAAUAUAUAAGUUCAAAAAGUAUUAACAAUAUUGAAAGUUUUAAAAUAAUUUGUUUUAUAUAUAUAUAUAAAGAUAUUUUAAUUAAAUAGUUUUGCAUUAACGAAUUAUUAGUAUUAUAUAUUAUAAAAAAUUGAUUACCACUUAUGACGGUAUUUUAUUAAUUAUUAACUUUUUCAAAUAUUUAUUUAAGGAUAACAUUUUUUGAAUUAUAAAACUAUUAUUCUUUAUAUUCUUUAUUAGUAUGUAUUUUAUUGAUUACUAAAUCUUGAUUCAGAAGUUAAUGACUUUAAUUUUGUAUUUUUGUAUGUCUUGGACAAUACUUUAUUAACUUUAAAUAUAUUUCAAAAAUAUUCAAAUCUAAAUAACUAAUUUUAUUUCAUAUUAGUUUAAAUUAUUUGUAAUUUGAUGUUAUUUUUAACUAAUUUUCACAGCUUAAUGUCAUUUUUAU